AUGGAUGCAGUGUCUGAGCUGAGCACCCCGUUGCCUUGCCAGCCUCUCUCUUCUUUCGACAGGGUUAAGUUAGAAGACGGAGGACUCCCUGAGAGUCUCAUAGUAAGCAAUGGGGGCGACUCCCACUUUACACUUAGAAAAGCAAAGAAGCGGACUUUGAAGUUGGUGGAGGAUGAAGAAACGGACCUGGGUUACAGGUGCUCAAAGAAGCAGUGGAAAAAGCAAGAGGACAGCAGCCACAAUGACAAGGCCUUGGACCUGGAGACAAAGCCUGUUCAGGAUGAAGUGGGAAGGAAAAGCAAGAGAAAAAGCAAAGUGACAGGCACCCCGGAAGAGGAGGAGGAAGAGGCCAGAAAGAAGUCGCCAAAAAGAAAGGAGAAAUGUGAACCUAAGAAGCAGACCAAGGCCGCCAAGCCUCCCAAAACACAGGCGGCCAAGGAGUGGAACUGUGGCUCGCCCAAGGGCUCCCCCAAGGGCUCCCCCAAAGGCUCCCCCAGAAGCAGCAUCACUAAAACCCGGAGGAAAAGCAGUGCAGGGCUAAAAGGGAGCCCAGGCUACCUGUCAGACUCGGAUUCCUCUCCAGAGUCGGUCAGAGAUGACCACUGCAGCGUCACAGUGCAGGGGCUCACCUUUUCAGAGAAACUCACAGCUGAGCUGUUGAAAGAUGGACCUGCUACAAAAACUGCAGCUGCCAGCAGACAGUCCUCAAAGGGCGGCUUUCCCUUCAGCUCUGGCAAGAGCAAGGCCACCAGAACCUCGUCAUCCAGUUCAGACUCGAGUUCAGAGUCGGAAGACCAGUUUGUGGUGUCCAAGAACAUCUCUGAGGGCGCCUCGGACUUCUUAAAGACAGCUGGCCUCUUUGCAGGGCAAGGGUGUCCAGGGCUCACAUUGCAGACGCCGGGUGUCACGGGAUGGAAGCCUUCUGACUCAAGCAGAGGCAGACAAGCUUCUGGUCCUCCUUCCAGUGUACCCGUCCCCACCAGUUUGGGAAGAGGCUGGGGACGAGGAGAGGACUUCUUGUUUGGGAAGGGACUGAGGGGCCGGGGUGUACGGGGCCGAGGUCGAGGCCGCGGGCAUGCUGUCUCCUGCAUCUUAAAUAGAAGUUCUGAGAGUCAGAAGCAGAAGCAGUUAAAUGACAUCCUAACAAAUUCAUCCACCGUGAUCCAGAAUCCUGUAGAGACACACAAGAAGGACUAUAGUCUGUUGCCACUGUUGGCAGCUGCCCCUCAAGUCGGCGAAAAGAUUGCGUUUAAGCUUCUGGAGCUCACGUCGGACUACUCUCCCGAUGUCUCUGACUACAAGGAAGGAAAAAUUCUAAGCCACGACCCAGAGACCCAGCAAGUGGAAAUAGAAGUCCUCUCAUCCUUACCAGCUGUGAAAGAACCUGGGAAGUUUGAUUUGGUCUAUCACAAUGAAAACGGAACCGAGGUGGUGGAGUAUGCCGUGACACAGGAGAGGCGGAUCACUGUACUCUGGAAAGAACUGAUUGAUCCGAGACUGAUUAUUGACUCCUCAAGUAGUUUCUCAAGUAAAUAGGAUGUCUCCACAUAACCUCCAACCUCGUGGCCUCGCAUUCCAUAAGAAUUGUUUGUGACCGUGACCAUAGCCUGAAGUUUCAAAAAGAAGAUCAACUAUCGUUUGGACUUUCUGUUAUCUUCCCUUUACCAUACUAGGAAAAGAAUCUACCUCACCAUUUAGAGUAACAUGGGUGUUCGUUCGUAGACCUUUAUUUCCCUCGGCUAAAUUCAGUAGUGCCAUUGAAAACUGCCCUGUGGGCAGACCAAUAUGGCAGUGUGCUUGCUCUCUUCCACCUCUGGCCCGCCAGUAGCAAUCGUCAGUAGUUUACAGUACACAUGUGAGCUCGUGCUGUGCAUCUUGUGUUAUUUUUCUUUAGGGUCACAUUUAAAAUACUAAGGCAUGUUUCUUGACCUAAUUUUUUCACAUGUGAAUCGCUCUGUAAGCGCGGGGCGUCUCACGCAUUCCGAGUGGUUUAUGCUCAUCGUCCUCAAGACCUGGGGGAGGCGGGUUCAGUGCAGAGAAUGAGUUAAGGAACCUUUCACACUUUUCCAACGGUAAAAUGCAGGAUCCCCAGGGCCCUGUGUGGAAAGCAGUGGCAAGACAACUGUGUUGUAUUGCCUGGAAGAGAGCAGGCCUCCUACUGCCAGAGGCUGGCCAUGAACCUCAGACCGGCGGCAGGUGGCUUUGCCACAGGAUGCCAGGAGCCUGGCUCAGCAUGCUGAAGCGAGGAUCUUGAACAGAAAUUUUCUUUUCUGUUACCACUCAGCAAAGCUAAAGGCUGAAUAAAAACUGGGAAAUUGCCGGGCAGUGGUGGCGCACGCCUUUAAUCCCAGCACUUGGGAGGCAGAGGCAGGUGGAUCUCUGUGAGUUCGAGGCCAGCCUACAGAGCAAGUCCCAGGACAGGCUCUUAAAAGCUACAGAGAAACCCUGACUUGAAGAAAAAAAAACCUGUGAAAAUUGCUUUCUUUUAACAAAAACUUGGAUCCCUCCUUCAGCUUUGCAGAUUUUUAAAUAAAAUCAUAUUGAACUCAAUUUC